UGGGAAGGGACCCCUCCCCUCGCCAUGGCAUCCCUGGGGCAGAUCAUCUUCUGGAGCGUCAUUAGCAUCAUCAUUAUUUCGGCUGGAGCAAUUGCACUCAUCAUCGGCUUUGGCAUUUCAGGGACACACUCCAUCACAGUGACGGCUUUCACCUCAGCCGGGAAUAUCGGAGAGGAUGGAAUCCUGAGCUGCACUUUUGAACCUGACAUCAAACUUUCUGAUAUCGUGAUACAGUGGCUAAAGGAAGGAGUUAUGGGCUUGGUCCACGAGUUCAAAGGUGGCAAGGAUGACCUGUCAGAGCAGAAUGAAGUGUUCAGAGGACGGACAGCAGUGUUUGCUGAUCAAGUGAGAGUGGGCAAUGCCUCUCUAAGGCUGAAAAAUGUGCAACUCACAGAUGCUGGCACCUAUAAAUGUUACAUCAUCACUUCUAAAGGCAAGGGGAAUGCUAACCUUGAGUACAAAACUGGAGCCUUCAGCAUACCAGAGAUCAACGUGGACUACGAUGCCAGCUCAGAGAGCUUCCGGUGUGAGGCUCCCCGGUGGUUCCCCCAGCCUACGGUGGUCUGGACAUCCCCAGCUGACCCGAGAACCAACUUCUCAGGAGUCUCCAACACCAGCUUUGAGCUGAAUUCUGAGAACGUGACCAUGAAGGUUGUAUCUGUACUCUACAACGUCACAAUCAACAACACAUAUUCCUGUAUGAUCGAGAACAGCAUUGCCAAAGCCACAGGGGAUAUUAAAGUGACAGACUCUGAGAUUAAAAGGCGGAGUCACCUAGAGCUGCUGGACUCAAAGGCUUCCCUGGGUGUCUCGCCUUCCUUUGCUGUCAGCUGGGCACUCCUGUCUCUCUCCCUGGCCCUAAAAUAA